GUGAUUCAGUUGUUAAAUUUGUCUAAUAUAAUAUAUGCUAUUUAUAAAUGGGAGAAAACUAUGCCAAAUGAAGAAAAUAAGCGUCGAUUUGUCAUUGCCACCUUGGCCACAUGGAAUAUUUUGGCAGGAUUUGGGUUCUAUGCCUAUAUCUUGGAUUGUUAUGUAUAUUAUCCCCCAAAUCACCAGAAAAGAAAGUUCAAAUACCACACUUUCUAUGGAACUAUUAACCAGGAUGUACUAAUAGGAAUUUCUGUGGUUAUGGUUUGCCAAAUAAUAUCCUCAGUUCUACUGUGCUUGGCAUUAAAAGAGUACAAAAACCAAUUCUUAUUUUAUGGAAUUUUCCUGAGCAUGGCUUUUCCUUGUGCUUGUCUUCCAGUUUGGCCUCUGGCGGUUGCUCAUGUUUCUUUAGCUUUAUGGGCACUAAGUUAUAAAGAGCAAUAAAAUAAAAUAAAAAUAUAA